AAUUGCAGACAGCCGACGCAUCUCAACCAACGGCUGUAAGAAUGUCGAGCACCCCAGUCUACGAAGGUGAAACCAGCACCGAAGUAUCAUCAUCAUACUUCAGUACUUUGGAUCUAGGACUACUUGGUGUGUUGCUUCUAGUAGCUGGCUGGUACGUCUUUAAAAAAAGCAAGCACGAUGACUUGCCACCAGCCAGCAAAUCUUACUCAAUCCAACCGACGAGUUUUACAGCGACAGCUCCUACGGAAAACUCAUUCAUUAAAAAACUCCGGACAUCCGGACGUAGUCUGGUAGUUUUCUACGGCAGUCAAACAGGAACUGGUGAAGAAUUCGCCGGUAGACUCGCCAAAGAAGGUGUCCGGUACAAGAUGAAGGGAAUGGUAGCUGACCCAGAGGAAUGCGACAUGGAAGAGCUGGUGAACUUGAAACAAAUACCCAACAGCUUAGCUGUUUUCUGUCUGGCUACUUAUGGCGAGGGUGAUCCUACCGACAACGCCAUGGAGUUUGUAGACUGGCUGAAAAAUGGCGAAGCUGAUCUCACUGGACUUAAUUACGCCGUAUUUGGAUUGGGUAACAAGACUUAUGAGCACUACAAUGAGGUGGCUACUUACGUUGACUUUAGACUCGAGCAGCUUGGAGCGACCAGAGUUUUUGAAUGCGGACUUGGGGAUGAUGAUGCCAACAUCGAAGACGACUUUAUAACAUGGAAAGAUAAAUUCUGGCCAGCAGUAUGCGACUUUUUCGGAAUCGAAGGCGCAGGAGAAGACGUCAGCAUCCGUCAGUACAAAUUAACAGAACACGUUGAAGUUCCUGCUGAUCGUAUUUACACUGGAGAAAUAGCUCGUCUUCACUCAUUAGUCAACCAACGACCACCAUUCGACGCCAAGAAUCCAUACCUGGCAGCAGUAAAAGUGAACCGGGAGUUGCACGGGCCAACAUCAGAGCGUUCGUGCAUGCACAUCGAGUUCGACAUCGAGGGUUCCAAGAUGCGUUACGACGCAGGUGACCACGUCGCGGUCUACCCGGUGAAUGACAACGAGCUGGUAGAGAAAAUAGGAAAAAUUUGCGAAGUGGACCUGGACACUGUGAUAAUUCUGACGAACACCGACGAGGAAUCGACCAAGAAGCACCCGUUCCCUUGUCCCUGCUCCUACAGAACAGCAUUGACCCACUACAUCGACAUCACCAGCAACCCGAGGACCCACGUGCUCAAGGAACUCGCGGAGUACUGCAGCGACCCGAAGGACAAGGAGAAGUUGAAGCUGAUGGCCUCGACCACCGCCGAAGGAAAAGCCCUCUUCCAUCAGUGGGUGACCAACGAGAACCGCAACAUCGUCCACAUUCUCGAGGACAUUCCCAGCUUGAAGCCAGCGUUGGACCAUCUUUGCGAACUGCUGCCGCGUCUCCAGUGUCGGUACUACUCGAUUUCUUCUUCGCCGAAGCUUCAUCCGACUUCUAUUCAUAUAACUGCGGUGGUUGUGGAAUAUAAGACCCCUACUGGACGGAUUAAUAGAGGAGUUACUACUACCUGGUUGAAGAACAAGCACCCCACUGAUCCUCCGAGCUACGUUCCAAUCUUCGUGAGAAAGUCCCAGUUCAGACUUCCACCCAAAGCUAUCACUCCUAUCAUCAUGGUGGGACCUGGUACUGGUCUUGCUCCCUUCCGCGGGUUCAUCCAGGAACGCGACUUGCUGAGAAAGGGCGGAGAGGAAGUUGGAGAUACUAUUUUGUACUUCGGGUGUCGCAAGAGCAAAGAAGAUUUUCUGUAUCAAGAUGAAUUGGAAGGGUAUGUCAAGAGCGGGACCUUGACUCUUCACACGGCUUUUAGUAGAGAGCAGGAGAAGAAGGUCUAUGUUACUCAUCUUCUUGAGAAGAACAAGGAUGAGAUUUGGGAUGUCAUUGGAGCUAAACAUGGACAUGUUUACAUCUGCGGUUCAAACAAGCCAAACGAUAAUUAA